AUGCAAAAUAAAUCGAAUACACGUUUACAUCAUGAACAUUCGUUUCAUCUUAAGUUUAUGAAUUUGUUUUCAUUCCUUCUGUCACAUGUGUGCGAGAUAAAUUCAACGUUCGUUUGCAUAAAUAUUUUGAAACGGGAGGCAAAAUAUCAUCACGAGAAGCAGGAAACGUUGAAGAAGUCGAGAAAUAUUUGCCGUUGUAAAUGUGAACGUGAAUCAUUUUUUAAUCUCGCCAUGUGGUGCUUCAAAACCUUAAAGUGUCUCAUUUUGGUGAUAAUAACUUCAACUGAUUUUGCCGAUGGGAUCCGGAAAUGUAAAGAUGAAAACGAAGUUUUAUCGAUUACGACACGAAAUCAAGUUCAGGAUUUUUAUUUUAAAUGUCCUAAACCCAAACAUGACUUAAGCCAACAAUCAAUGAAGCAAAAAGCCCUAGAAAGCAAUUGGAGAAGUGACCCGAACCAACAUCAACAAAGCUCUCCAUUCACUCUUCAUGAAGCUCUUUUUCCCUUGUUUAGAUCAUUUAAUUGCCUUUUAUCAUUAAAUGUGAAAGCCAAAACAUAUUUCAACAAAUGUUUAGUUCAAAAUUAG